AUAGCCGACCCACCUGUUAUCUGUUGAAUGUCGUCUGGUAUAAUCGUCCUCUUUGUCACUGCAUUCGCAGUUUACUUCUACAGCCGUCGAUGCAGUAGAUUGGCACUACCACCUGGGCCACGUCCAAAGUUUUUCACUGGAAAUGCGCAUCAACUACCCAAGCAGGAACCUUGGCGGAUGUAUGCCACUUGGGCGGAAAGUUAUGGGCCCAUCCUCUCCUUCCGUGUACCUGGCCAGCAGUUCAUAGUGCUCAGCUCCUUAAAAACAGCCACUGAAUUGCUCGAUUCACGCGCCACUACGUAUUCCGAUCGUCCAAAAUUAUGGAUGCAAACAGAACUUGCGAUGCGCAAGCUGAGCGCGUUCAGCAUAUCUUUCAAUCACCCGUAUUUCAAGACUUAUCGCAAGAUGUUCAAAGCAAGUCUGAGUCCCCGCAAUAUACAAAGCUACCAGUCGCUGCAAAUCGAAGAAUCUCGAGUGCUGCUUGAUGGUCUGCACAAGGACCCCGAACAAUUUUUUGCGCACAUCAGAAGGAACGCGGCGGCCGUUGUCCUUAAUCUCGCAUAUGGCUGGAAGGUCACUAAGAAUGACGAUUAUCUCAUUGGCAUCUUGCAAGAAAAAAUUGCCAUGUCUGCCAUACUGUCCCGGCCUGGCCGUUGGUUGGUCGAAGUGAUCCCAUCCUUACGUUUCGUACCAUCAUGGUUCCCAGGCGCAGGUUUCAAACGCGUGGCCUUCGACCUCGGGCAAAAGCGGAGUAGGAUUGAUACAAUACCAUUUGACUGGACGAAACAGCAAAUAAAAAGUGGUAACUAUGCUCCUUCGUUCGUCUCAGAACAGCUCCUUCCGGAGGAUGGGUCCACGGUCGGCGCCGAGCAAGAAGAAAUCAUCAAGUGGUGCAGCCAGGGGAUCUAUGCCGGGGGAGCAGACACCACAGUAGCAGCCACCAAGUCUUUUGUUCUAGCGAUGAUGCUCUAUCCCGAGGUGCAGAAGCAUGCGCAGGCAGAGAUCGAUGCUGUCGUGGGACAAGACAGAUUUCCCACUUUCGAGGAUAGAGAAAAGCUUCCGUACAUCGCAGCGCUCAUCCAAGAGAUCCUCCGCUGGGCACCCGUGGCACCACAAGGGCUCCGCCACCGUGCGAUGAAGGAAGACGUCUACAAAGGGUACCGAAUUCCUAAGGGUUCCAUCGUCAUAGCAAACAUCUUUUCCAUGUCACGCGAUAAAGAGACGUACCCCGACCCAUUGGAGUUCAGGCCCGAGCGCUUCCUCGGACCCUCUCCCCAAUUGGACCCGCACAAAUUCGUCUUUGGGUUCGGGCGUCGUGUAUGCCCUGGUGCGUUCCAUUUUGCCGAAGCAUCAUUAUACCUCAAUAUUUCUUGUACCCUUGCUGCGUUCACGAUCGCCAAACUGCUCAAUGAAAGAGGGGAAGAGAUUACACCCCCUGCAGAGUUCGAGUGUGUUGGUCCAAUUCGCCACCCUAAGCCAUUCAAGUGCAGGUUCAUCCCAAGAAACAAGGAUCUGUUGGCAUCUCUCUCUCAAUAG